CCUCCUUCUGCCCACCAUCGCCCAUGAGCUUGCCCACUGCCUCGCCGGCCGCGCCGGCCGCGUCGCUGGACCAUCUCGCCGCAGACACGCUCUUCUACCUCGGGCCGCUAGGCACGUACUCGCACGCCGUGGCACAGUCGCUCAAUGCGCGGCGCUCGCGGCCGUUUGCCCUCGAGCCGUGCGUGAGCAUCACGGCGUGUGCGGCGCGGGCCGCCCAGGCAGGCCAGCUCGCGCUGCUGCCCUACGAGAACAGCAGCUUCGGCCCGGUGGGCGAGACGAAUGCGGUGCUCGUGCGGCAGGAGCGCCUGUACGUCGUCGCCGAGGCGAUCCGCGCCGUGCGGCACAGCCUGCUCUGCUCGCCGGCGACGCUCGAGCGCCUCACGGCGGGCCGCGGCGGGACAGCGACGGACGCAGAGAUGGCCGCUGGGCUCAGCGAGAUCUUCAGCCACGAGCAGCCAAUCGGGCAGUGCCGCGGCUUCCUCGGCAGGCUGAGCGCACGCCGCACACCCGUCGAGUCCACCGGCAUGGCUGCAGAAAAGGCGGCGGCGGGUGCGCCCGGCUGCGCUGCCAUCGCGAGCGCGCACUGCGCAGAGAAGAUGGGCCUCGUGGUGCUGCGCGAGGGGAUCCAGGACCGCGACGACAACGAGACACGCUUCCUCCUCUGCACGUCCGAGGCACCGCCGCUGCCGACAGCGCAGCGCAGCCGCGCCCUGCUCGCCGUGCAGUGCCGGCAUCCGGCGCCGGGCGAGCCUGGCCUGCUGCACGUGUGUCUGGCGCAUCUCGCUGCCUCGGACGCUGUGCUGCGGCGCAUCAGUCUGGACCCAGACUACGCCAGCGUGCAGCUCGCGCCCGACGGUGGUGCGGCGCCGGGCCACGGCGAGUGGAACCGGCGCUACUUCAUCGAGCUCGAGGCUGCCAGCGGCGAGGCCCUCGCGCAAGUGCUGGCGGAGACGCAGCGUGCCUCGCAGGAGAGCAGCGCCGCUGGACAGACACGCCUCGUGGGCCUGUGGCGCAUCUAGAAAUCCCAGCGGCCGACCGCGAGCAACGGCAGAUACCCUACCUACACAUCCUAAUAGACCGCACUGCAACGCAUGCUCCACUCGCU